CGAUGAGUUAGUCUUGUAAAUCAUCCUAUCCGUUGUACAUUCUAGACUAAAACCUCCCAGUAUAGUGUGGGAUCGAUUAAACAUGAAGAAAAGUUUACAAACAUUUUUAAACCCUAAGGAUUUCUACGCUGCCCAGCGUCCCGUACUACGAGUGUCAUUCUUGAUCGGCAUGACACCUUUUACUGUGGUCAAGGGUCCAACGGAUCUAAUGAUGCUCCGGUGCACUCCUUUCGGCUACAUCAAUUCAAGUGUGCACGUGAUUCUGUUCUGCAGUUGUUAUAUCAAUACACUAUUGAAAGGAGAAACGAUCACGAGAUUUUUCUUCCGAACCGAUAUUAGCACAUUGGGAGAUGUUUUACAAUUUAGCAUUGGAAUUACAGCGCUUAUCAUGACAUUCUUCUGUAGCAUCUUUCAGCGAAACAAAUUAAUUAAGUCAUUCCACGCACUUGCCAAUAUCGAUCAAAAAUUCAGGGAAAUAGGCAUGGAGACAAAUUACAAGAGUACCUUGCACUACAACCUGCUAGUGAUGUGCAGUAAAGCCGUUAUCACAUUCUUCUAUCUAUGCGUGUGCUUCGCCGUGUUUAUUUAUUCUAGUACCUACCCAAGCUUUACAACUUGGAUGGCAUUUCUGUUGCCGUACUUCAUGAUGUCAAUGGUGAUAGUGAUUUUUCUAUGUUUCGUCAAUCAAGCCAAACACCGAUUUCACCUAUUGAAUAAAAUUCUAAAGCAUUUGCGACAGACGACACUGGCGAAACGGUUGCCAUCACAAUACCGCUCCAGCUAUUGGCAGACUAUCAGGAUCCAACGUCCACUCGGCAUUGCAUCCGUUUACUCCAACAACGAUAAGUCAAUGCCGGACGUUGUCUCAGCCUUAGCUGAAAUACAAGAUGCAUUAUGUGAAGCUUGCAGCUACGCAGAAGAGUAUUUUACAAUUCAAAUGCUGACAAUCGUUACAAUCGUGUUUUUGAUCAUCGUCUUUAACUCAUACUACGUGCUGGAUGCGUUGAUUGGAACUACCUCGGAAGACACCGCUUUCUCGAAGAAACAAUUUGUUCUCUUUUUUCUAUGCCAGACUAUGGUGUACGGGUUCGGAGUUUUUAGUAUCGUGUACGGAAGCAGCUCUAUGUUGCGUGAGAACGAUAAUAUCAGUGUGAAUGUACACAAACUUCUGAACAUAAUAAGUUAUGGCAAGGACUUCCAAGAACUUGGUACAAAACUCGUGAACCUUUCACUGCAAAUGAUUCAUCGCAAGGUUUAUUUUUCUGCUUGUGGAUUGUUCAGUUUGGAUUUUACACUUAUAUUCACGUUAGUAGGAGCGGUAACCACUUACUUAGUGAUUUUAAUCCAGUACCAGUUGAGCAUGGAUGACAGCACACAUGAAACAAUUGCUCGAGCAUUUUUUGGCAACGAAACAUGGAUAUAAAACACGAGGAGCACGUAGAGCAAUUCUAUUCUGCAUAUGAUUCACGUAUGAUGCCACAUGGUACGCUAAACAUAAAAACUAUGAUCAAAAUAAAAUGUUUCCUCGCGCACUUGACAUAAAAAAUAUGUUAAGCUUAUACUUUUUUCAAUACAACAUUAACUAAUUAAUUACUUGCAAGAUAACGCUAGUAAAAAAUUACACAGUGCCUCGCCAUUCGCGCUAUGUGCAAGGGUUAAAUCGUGACCUUAAGUAGUGUAGUGUGACCUUAAGUAAUGUGACCGUAUCUCGAUAUCUCUCGAAUAUAUCUCGAAGCAGUAAUACAAAAGGUGUUGAGCCAUGUGGGAAUCUAUGGAAAUGGAAGGCGGAUGUAGGUGGACCGCAUAAGAGUCCAGAAGAGGAGCAAACUGUGAAAACAAACAGUGUGGACAGACAAGACAUAAUCAGAUAAAGAAUCAGACCGAAAAAAAGAAAAACCUUCUACUAUAUCUCAAAGGUACUUACAAUAAAAAUCUGGCUCAGGAAAGUAAAAAUGGUUAGCAAUGGAAAUUGCGAUACCUGAGACAGAAAUACAUUCUUCCUACGAUAAACACAGUGCAAAACGACAAAACUGUGAUAUAUUUGAGAAAAAGCUUCGAAAUGAGGGAUACAUUACAUUUACAAACGCUUAUGUUACAAAAAUUGGGUAUAAAAGGGGACAAAAUUUAGGUAAUAAAGACUCUUGACUCUUGGAUUUCAAACCUAAAAGACGUCCCUUCGUUCUUUGAUAAAAAUCCCUCUUUGAUAGAAAGCCCGAAACAGGCUCU